AUGGUCGAACCGCCAGCCAAACGCGCCAGAAGGACAGACAGCUCAGCAAUGUGGGAUAUGAAUGAUAAUACCACGCGGUCCGAUGGUGAAUCUAAAGAACUUAGUUCUACUCCGAAAAACAUGGCAGCGGGCAAUGAGGAGGUCUCCAGGAAUGGUCCCAAGGGGGAGCGACAAGUGCGAUCUCGAUCGCGAUCUCGGGACAGAGGGGAGAGACGACGAGACAGAAGCCGGUCAAGGGACAGACGAGCUCGAGAUUACCCACGAGAUACCUGGAGAGAUCUUGACAGAGAUGGUAGAGGCGGCAAAGGUAGAGAGCGGAGCUUGAGCAGGGACAGAUACAGCUCUCGACGUGAUUACGCUUCUAGAUCCAAGAGACACCGCGAGAGAUCUAUUAGCAGGUCGCCGUCGAGGUCACGAUCUCCUGCACGAAAUGGCCGUAGGGCCCGCUCACGAUCACCUACCCGUAGAGGUGGGCCUGACCGGGGAGAUGCAAAAUACAGCCGACGUCGAGGAGACAGCAGAGAACCCAAUGGCCUGUCUGGAUCUGCACGACCGUCCACCAAGUCCGGCCGGCAAAACGAAAUGGAGGUAGACAUACCAGACGAUCCUGACGACCUAGACCAAGUGAUGAUGAGGGCCAUGGGGUUCUCAUCCUUCAAGAGUACGCAGAACACUAAAGUCCCUGGAAACAACGUCUCCGGUGUUCGCAAAGAGAAGAAGACACAGUACAGACAGUACAUGAACCGUGUGGGAGGAUUCAACAAGCCGCUGAGUCCAACUCGAUAA